AUGGAAUUUUCCUCUGUUCAAUUGAUGAAUUUACCUGAUGAAAUAUUAAUGAUUAUUCUAAAAAAAUUAGACAAUGUUGAUGUACUUUAUUCGUUAAUGGAUGUCAACACACGACUCAACCAAAUUGUACAUGAUUCUAUUUUUACUACUAAAAUAACAUUAGUGAAACCAAUUGAUCAAACAUUAAUACAAAGUGAUAUAUUGCUUGAUCGAUUAUGUUCGCAAAUAUUGCCAAAAAAUUCAUCAUAA